AUGGAAAAGAUAAAAAUUCCCACCUGCAAGUAUGCUGGAAAGACAGAUCCAGUUAACCAUCUUUCAUCCUUCGGGGGACACAUGAUGCUAUAUACCAACACAGAUUCCAUGUGGUGUAAAGUUUUCCCUUCUACACUUGAGGGGAUAGGGCAGAGCUGGGAGAGGAUGACGGGAGAACUGAUGUCAGUUGUCCAAGGGUCGCAAGAGUCUUUAAGAGACUAUAUUUCCAGGUUCAACAUGGAGGCAUCGAAUAUAAUCAAGUUGCAACAGGAGGUGAUAGUUCUGGCAAUGAUGUCCGGUAUGCAAGAUGGAGAGUUCAAGAGUUAUCUGGGUAGAAAAUCAUUCACAGCCCUGGAAGUACUGGGAAAGGCAAAUGAGUUCAUAAAAAGCGAAGAAAUUGUCAAAGCAACUUCCCGUAGAUAUGUAGCAGGUGAGAAUAACUACACUAAUCAGAACAGAAAGGAGCCGUACAGAAAAGAAUAUGCAGACAGAAGGGACAACCACCAGGCCAAAAAUGAGCGGGGUGGACCAAGCAGAGGCAAGGAAGAUGAAAAGUGGCAGAGGCCACCUAAGAUGGAUCACGGUCACCUCACAGAGGAAUGCACUCACCUUAAAGAUAACAUUGAAGAUAUGAUUCGAAGGGGGUAUCUAACAAAGUUAAAGGCAAAAAGCUCAUAUAGCAGAACAUAUGAGAACAGGGACAAUGAUGGCAAGUUUGAAAACAAGAAGUUGGAUCACAAGAAAAACCACCCAGCAGAUCAAAAGAGGUCAGGAGAUAUAUUAGUCAUAACAGGAGGACCAGUUUAUGCUGGGACCAUAGCCAGUGGAGCCAAGGCUAGUGUGAACGAAUUCAGACAUUAG